GGUGGGGGUGUGUUAUUAUAAACAGGCAGAAAUAAAAGUUUAGUAGAAAAGUGUGCACUUUAUUUAUUCAUAAUUUUAUCACUCGUGUUCUGCGCAUUACCAUUUUUGUAUAUAUAUACUAUUAAAAAUUAGAGUUAAUAAAAUUUUUGAAGAAUAUAUUUAUGAGAAAAAAUUUCUAAUCAGAAGAGAUAAAAUUGAAAUAUUUGAAAUUCAUAUAUACGUUGAUAAAAAUUAUUUAAAGUGAUUAUUGUUACUUAAUACAAUUGUCCGAUAAAAUUGUCAUCAAUGUUCAAAUGAUCUGUAUAUUAAGAUUGAUAAGUAAUUAUGGAAUUGCUUCUUAUUUUUAUAUUAAGUGCUGUGGCAGUCGAUGUCAAUUGUAAAUAUGAAAUUAAACAAAUAAAUGUGAUAUUUCGACAUGGAGAUCGGACUCCAGAUAUUUUGUAUCCUCAACUACCCUAUGGAGCUAAAGAUUUCUAUCCAUUUGGCGUAGGAGGAUUAACGAACGAUGGCAAAGCUAGAGCAUUCCAAUUUGGUGAAUUCCUUCGUAAAAAAUAUGAUUCCUUCUUGGGAACAACAUACGUCUCUGAUGAUGUGCAAAGUAUCAGUUCAAACUUUGAACGUACGAAAAUGACAUUACAACUUGUCUUAGCAGGUUUAUAUCCACCGAAUACAAAUCAAAAGUGGAAGAAAGAUUUAAAUUGGCAACCAAUUCCAACAAAUUACAAUGAUAGAUCAAAGGACAAUAUGUUUCAACGAAGACACAUUUGUUCCAAGUACCUUGAGGAAAGAAGGAAAGUAUUACAAUCACCAAAAUUAGCUCCAAUAGUGUCAUCUUAUCAAAAUUUCAUGAACAACCUGACAAUGUUAACUGGAAGAAAUAUGACUGAUUUAGAAGAUUUGUAUUCCUUAUACGCGAACUUUGUUGCCCUAGAGAAAAUGGGCUUUACUCUACCAAAUUGGACAGAGAAUAUUUAUCCCAAAGGGAAACUGUACGAUGCGAUGAUUUUAAAUCUAAAGCUUCAGAAUUAUAACAAUCUGAUCAAAAGAUUACAUGGAGGUGGAUUUGUGCGAACAGUAAUAGAGAACAUGAAAUCGGUAAAAAUUCAAUCAGACACUGUUUAUCCAAAAAUAAAUCUAUACAGUGGACAUGAUAUAAAUAUUUUAGCAUUUUUGUCCUCACUCAAUUUAGUAGAACCACAUCUACCAGAAUUUACAAGUGCAGUCAUUGUUGAAUUAUUGUCCUUAGAAAGCAAGUACUAUGUUAAGAUAUGGUAUUAUAAAGGCACUCCAUCUAACUUGACUGAAUUAAAUAUAUCUAAUUGUGCAUCGCCCUGUUCACUGAACUUUUUCAUCAGUGCUGCAAAAAUCGUCACCCCAACAGAAGAGGAAUUUAAGUGUAUCUAAUUGUCAAACUUUUAAAAAAUAUUCAUUUUUUCAGAGAAUUCGUCAUCUAUAUAGAAUAAUUGGUAUUUCUGGCUUUUUGGACAAUAAAAUUUUUGCAUCUCCCAUCCUUUAUUUCACAAAAUGUUUGUAUUUAUAACUAUACGAAUGUAAUACACUUAACUAAAAUGAAAUUUUUGAUAUUUUCUAAUAUUGUUCAAAUGUGAAAAAAGCGAAAAAUACUUACGGGUAGCAUUAAUAGGAGUAUGUUUAUAAAUUAUAUGUUCAUUAGCAUUUAUAAAACCAUUUUCUGCCUUUUCAAAUGAUGGAUGAGUAUAUUUUUUUAACUCACGACGUUUCCGUAGGUGAGUUGACAUUGGACUUAUUACCAUGUUUCCAUAUUAAUAAUUCCAUUCUUUAAAAUGUAAAAAAGUUUAUUUUUUAAAAUAUUGAAUUGGCGAGAAUGAGAAACAAAUGAAAUAUACAUACAAAUUCGGAUUGUCCAUUUUCAUUAAUACUGUGUGUAAUAGAUGAUGAUGUCUCUUGAUUUUGAUAGAAGUUUAAAAAGAGGUUCUUCGUAAUCUGAAAAUCAUUAAAUAAUCAGUUUAAUCCUAAUUUUUGAAUAUAUUUUUUAAAAUAAAUAGACCUAUAAGCAAAUAUUUUUCUGAAAUAGCUAGAAUAACACGCACGUGUAGUUUCAUUAAAACUAUUCCAAUAUUUUUCAAAUAAAAUACAUAUUAAUUGAAUGUAGGUAUAAUUUAACCUUUUCUGUAGAAAGUUAAAAAAAAUAGUACAUUUUUCAAAUUUAAUUAAAUAUUUUCAAAAAUA